AUGUUGGCAUCCCUCUUUUCUCUGUUUCGUUCACAAGAACCGACCUUGCCGCCUACAGGCGUUCGUAUCGUCCCAUGCACUGGAAUAGAUGUGGCCGUUGUCGAUGCAGUCUUGACGACAGUGUUUGUCGUUGAUGCACGACUCGAUCCAAAGAAGCUCGAAGACAGCAUCUCACUCCUGAUUGUCGAGAAGUUCCCUCGAGGCGGCGCUAGGCUCGCAUUUAGAAAUGGACAAUACGAGUACCAGAUACCGAAUACCUUCGAUGCUGCAACGCCACCUGUGUCUUUCACCAGCAACGACUUUUCAGAACUAUAUGACUCUUGUGGUCGUCCCUCGCUGGCCAAUCUACGCAAAUCCGACAUGUCUACACCGUUUAUAUGCUCGGUUCCGGAGUUGGGGCCAUUUACGGUUGCGCCAGCCUGUCCGAAAACUCUCAAAGACUUCCUCGAGCCCAACACACCACUCAUCAAUAUUCAUGUUACGACGUUUGACGAUCUGACCUUCAUCGGACUGACAUCGUCCCAUGUAACUUUCGACGUCAUGGGCACGAAAACCUUGUUACAUGCGUGGACUCGCUUGCUUUCAGGUGAGACUCUGGAGAGCAUUCCUGGCAUGGCCUGGGAUGCGGCCCCAUUCUCCGCCUUCAACGAAGGUCCCUCUCCCUCAAACUGGAUUCAACGCGGAUUCUUUGACCUGGGCCUCGUUUCAAAAUUAGUUUUCAUCGCCCAAUUCAUUCUGCGCGUCUAUCGCGAUCCGAAGUUGGUCGGGAUGACCGUCUGCGUGCCCAAGGUGUUUCUGGAGUCCGAAAAGCAGAAAAUAAUGGCCGAGCUCAAGGCAGCAGACUCGACCGAAUGGGUCGGGAGCUCUGAUGUCCUUCUCGCUUGGUGGUUCAAGGCAUCGUACAGCCACCGGACCGACAACACUGCUCUGCACAUCCAUCUACCGAGCAACCUUCGGGAACGGCCAAUCUUUUCCACUUCAAGCGGUAAACUCGACACAGCGUACAUGAAUAACGCGGUGAUGGGGAUCCCCAUUGCCCCAUUCACAAUCAGCGCUUUCCGAGCGACCCCGUUGCGCGAGAUCGCCCUCCAAUUCCGCCACGCCAUCUUAGCGUAUACCGCUGAUGUCGACGGAUUGAAGCGUGAUGUUCAGUGGCGAUGCGCUAACCCGACGGCCAUGGCGUUCCCCUGCCCUGCCGGAGCCGAGUACUCAAUGCAGACCAACUGGCGCUCCGCCAAGUUCGCUGAGCUGGACUUUUCCGGCGCGUUGGUGGAUGUGAAGCCCGACAGGAAGGCCCGCGUGGUUCUGGUGAAUGCUGCGGUCAAGUCGAACAAGAUGAGAGACGGCGGGGUGGUCCUUUUUGAGACGGACGAGGCGGUCUGGAUGGGGCAGUUGAAAGGCGAGCAGGAUUGGCAGUCCGCCACAGCGGUCUUUCUUGCCUCGACCCACAUUGACCCAAUGCGUGUUCUCAUUCGCACCUCAACACGAUUGCUUCUUCGGAGUCGCACAGCCGGAGCAAUAAGACCUGCCUCCCAUUCCACGCAUGAACCACCCGAGGACUAUUUUAGAAAGAUGAAACGAGGGAAACUUAUACAAAUAUUGAAGGGGACCACCGCUGACUUCAAUACAAAGCUCGCUGCAAUUGAAGCAAAGUUCGAUGAAAAACUCACAAAACUUGCAGCAGAAAAUGCCGACCUCAAGCAGGAGAUUACCAACCUAAAGCAGGAGAUUGCGAACCUUAAGCAGGACAACAUCAACUUUAAAGGACAGGUUGCUGACCUCACACUCACUCUCCUACGCAUGCUUGAGGAAAUGGUCAGCCCGAUUGCCCAGAAGGCUGCACUCAACCAACUCCCCUUUGUCCGGGCAAUACAAGCAAGCAUUGCUUCCCUUUCCUCAACUUCCAACACAACCACACCAGUGUCAAGCCCUGAUGUGCUCGAUGACCUCCUCUUCGCUAUCGACCAGUAUUAUGGCAAUCGAACACCCGUCGCUGCUGCACUGAAAUCCGACUUUAUACAAACCGGAGGCACCUGGGAUGGAAUUCUCCAGCUUUUGUCUCAAUGCCGCUCCAGCCGAAACUCACCGACGCCAUCUGCACGAGAUGUCGCAACUGAAGCCGCUCUGAAACGCGCCUUGGUAAAUCUAUUGCCUGCCGACUUGAGCCUGUACACAACUUGCUUCAAUGCGACAUGCAUCAGGCAGCCUGUCCGUUUGGCACGAAAUGUAGCCGCCCACGAGAUCUCUGUCGGCCUUGUGCUGGCAGUCGGAAGGGCUGAAAUGGACAGUGCGCAGGCAAAUGGGUCGCCGCCCAAGGCCAAUUGGACCGCAAUCCUUCAAAUGUGGAAAGCUGUGACAGGCCGUACAGACUUUGGAGAGGACGGGUUGGCAAGCACCCAACUGAGCACGGUGUUUCUGAACACACCGAUACCAGAUGACGACAAGACGAGUUGA